AUGACGAAUUACGGGUCAGAAAAAGAACUCAGAAAAUUCAACGAUGAAAUAGGUCGACUACCUCAUAAGCACAAGAUCGUUGUUGCUGGAAAUCAUGAUCUGGGUUUCGAUGACACAGAAGAUCUCAGCGAACGGCUUCCACUGUAUCAGGGACAAGGAACUCCUAAAGGUUAUCGCCUGUUGACAAACGUUACCUGGCUUCAUGAUAAAGGAAUAGAGAUUGAUGGCGUGACGUUUUAUGGCUCAUCAUGGCACCCCCUUUAUGGGUAUCCGUUCUAUCGUCCUCGACCUCAACUUGAAGAGAAAUGGAAGAAACUGCCGUCCAAUGUCGACGUUCUCAUUACCCAUACACCCGCUUUAGGAUAUCUGGACACUUUUACUGAUAUAGAACCUGAACGAUGGGGUUGCCGUUAUCUCCUCAAAGAGAUCGAAACAAGGGUGAAAACCUAA